AUGCUGAUCGAGAAUGGUGUCAAUAUGAACACAACAAGCUACAUGGGCCUACUCCUGGUCGUUUUGGAUGGUAAGGCAUAUGGCUGUGAGGCAGUAGCCAGGCUGAUAGCUGAGAACCACGCCCAUCUCAAUGGGAAGGACAAUCUGGGCCAAGGCCCGCUAGCUCUGGCUGCUAUGAGCAGAAGAUAUGGUGUUGAGGCAAACGCCAAGGUGCUGCUUGACUAUGGAGCGAAAAAUGAAUUCAACCAAACUCCGCUGCUGCUGGCAUCACUACAUGGGCUGUGUGCAGUAGCGAAGGUUUUGGUGACGAUGGGCGCUGACCUUGAAGCGGCUCAAAGCACACCCGCCAGCGUUGACUGCAAGAGUGAUAAUGUACUUUGUAGGCUCAUUAUUGGCAUCGGCAUACUAGCAAACGCAAAACUCAAACCCGCAACGGACUCUCAAACUUUGGGCGCCAAGAAAGACAAAGAAACACGACACCCCGCGCAGCCUCCGAUAGCUACGAACGACCAACACAACUCGUUUGAGAAGUACUUCCGAAUCAAAGCAGGGAGACGAGGAGAGAGAAGAAAAAAGGCCGACAAAAUGUCCGCUUCACCACCUCCAGACGCAGACGCCGAAUCUCGGCUGUCGGAUCCAGCCCAAGCCCAGCCCUUACAAGCAACAGAGCAGCAGCUCAAAGCCCGCGCCGAGGGCGUCUCGAUUGAGGACUACCUCCUCCCGCGCUCCAUAACACUCCGCCUCGCAAAAUCCGUCCUGCCGCCGAAUACAUCCGUGCAGAAGGACGCCGUGCUUGCAAUCCAGAAGGCCGCGACCGUGUUUGUCUCUUAUCUAUCGUCGCACGCCAACGAAGCAACCCUAAAACGCACCGUCUCCCCCGCCGACGUCCUGGCCGCGCUAUCGGAGCUGGAAUUCGAGGGGUUCCGCCCGCGCCUCGAGAAGGAGCUGGAUAAGUAUACGGAUCUCAAGGCUGCGAAGAGGAAGCCGAGGAAGAGCGGGGAUGCUGGGACUACCGGUGAGACGGGCGGUGGGGCGAGUGCUACGGAUGGGACCGGCAAGGAUGGGGAUGCGGAGAUGAAGGGGGUGGAGGGUGAGGUUGUGAGGGGCGCGAAGGCGAAGAGGGUUAAGCGGGAUGGGGAGGGGGAGGGUGAGAUGGAAGAUCAUGAGGACGAUGAGGGUGAGGAUGUGGUGGAGGCGGAUGAGAUUGAGGAGGAGCAUGAGGAGGAUGGUGAUGCUACGGAGGAUGAAGAGGAGGAGGAAGACGAAGAGGAAGAGACGAGGGAAGACGAGGACAUUGAUCGGGUGGAAGAUCUAGACCGCGGCGCGCGGGCACGGCGGAUGGUCGAUCCCGAUGCGGCGGGCGACAGUGAUAGUGACGAUGAAGGGCCAGGGGGCCAAUUACGAGGGGAUCUAGGGCUGGGAUAG